CAUUACAGACUUUUCCAGAAAAUUGGAUGGAAAAGGCAGAGAUUUAAGAGAAGACCAGCUGAGUGACACUGACCAAAACUUAGAUUUCUUAUCAGGAAAAUGAGAGUGGAUUAGAUGAUCGUCAAGGUCUCCUAAGGCUCAUCGAGAUCUUACGCUCAGAAGGACACAUCAAGUGAUGCAUCUCGUUACACAUGAGAGGUGUCCAAAAUGUCUUAAAUGAUGAUGACAAUGACCACGGAUAUUUUGCAAAUGAUUAAUAAAGUGGGCACCCAAGCAGUGGUGGCUGGAGGCAGCUUGCACUGGCUCACGAGAGGCUGCUUGUCCCUGACGGGCCCCAGCUCUGUGAUGGGAACCAUGGGAGGCUCUCUGAGAGUGUGGUGUCAGUACGAGAAGGCGUACAAGGGGUAUAACAAAUACUGGUGCAGAGGAAAGUAUGACACAUCACGUGACGUCAUUGUGGAGACCAAAGGAGAAGAGAAAGAAGAAAGGAAUGGCCGCGUGUCCAUCAGAGACUAUGCUGAUGACCUCACCUUCACAGUGACCAUGGAGAACCUCAAUGCUAAUGACGCUGGAUCCUACUGGUGUAGAAUUCAGAGAGUCUGGAUCCUGGACGUGUUGUCAUAUGACCCCUCAGUCCAGGUUAAGGUGUCUGUUUUCCCAGCACCAAGUACAACCACAGGGCAGACCACAUGUCCAGCUGCACCUGCUCCCUUCCCCACCGUGAAUGCUGGGCAGACCCUCAGCACCAAGGAGGUGUCAACGCGCUGCACAAGGUCAUGGCUCAAGGCCUGGAGACCACGGAGGAGGGGGUCCCUCCUCAGCAGCGUCCACUUCCUGCUCCUGGUCUUCCUGAAGCUGCCCCUGUUCCUGAGCACAGUCGGUGCUGCCCUCUGGGUGAACAGACCUCACAGGGGCCCUGCAGGGAGAGGCAGUCAGCCUGAGCAGGGGAAUCCUGUGCAGUGCACCGUCCCCAGGAAAGCCCUGUCCAGGAAUAUAGCCCUUCAGACUGGACAAGGGAGACCUUUGGACUCUGGACUCCAGGACGGGGAGGCAGCAGAGUGUGUUCUGGAGGGACUCAGGUCUUCUGGGGGAAGUGGUCAAGGGAGAGUCCUGGAUCUUAGAAGACACUUGCUCUGAGUCCUUAGGCGGAGGAGGGCUGGGUCUCCUCUGCCCCUGUUUGCGAUCCUCUUUUCUCCUCCACAGACCCCCUGGUUCCUCGCCCUCAUGCCCACCUCCCAAAGGCAAGAAUUUUCUGGAAGUUGCAUGCUCAGAAGCCUGGCCUUUUUCUCCUCUCCUUGGCACAAAGGCUUCUCAGCUCAGUGUCCCCAGGGAAAUAAACACCUCCUUCUUGCAGACAGGAGGUUCCCCGAGGACACAGCACUCACAGCUUCAGUCCUGGGCUCAUAGGACCCCCACCCCCUCCUCAGGGACCGUCACAGGGGAGUUUGGCCCUGACAGAGUGUGAUCACGAAGCUUCCCUCUGUCUUGCACCCUUGGGCUUCUUCCUCCCUUCCAACUCCUCUUGGGUCUCACUGGGCUUCGAUCCCCCUCCUCUUUUUGUCCCUAUGACCAACGCAUCUCUGCCUGGCUCAGCCAUGGCUGAGCAUCUUCAAUUUAAAGUUCUGGGGCCAGCUGGAGCAGUACUAGGAAAAGGAGGCAGUGGGUGCCCCUGUAUACUUUUGGAAAUCCUUGACUUGGAGGGUCUCCUGUACAUGGAGCUAACAGAGCGUCUAGCUUGAUCCAUGUUAGGAGAAGUCUGACCGUCUGUUGACAAUUAACCCUUUUCACAGAAGAGGCAGAUGUGUUUCCAGGCGCAGGUGCAGGUGUAGGACACAGAGGUGAGGAAAUAACUUUUACCACAUUGGGAUGGUAUGAUGCCACAGCCACUACAGGCAAACCUAGCCCAGGAAAGGGCUCAGUUGGUUUUUGAAUGCUUGUCUAUUGCUCUAUCCCUGAAGUUUGCAAGGAGAAGUUGCACAGUCUGUCACAAGCAAGCGUCACCAUUUUCACUCAGCUUUCUGCAUCCAGACCAAUCCUUUCCUCUGGGAGCUCCUCUGAGCAUUGAGUUCUCAUGCAGGGCUGCCUCUCUCCGAGCCUGAGCGCUGAUUGGCUCCCACAAGGGUGGGGACAUUCAUGGCAUCUCAGGGAGAUCUGGGGCUGGCCCCAAACUCAGCUGAAGGAAAAAUUCAAUCUAAAGAGGCUCAUAAUAAUAAUAAUAAUAAGAUACACAGGGUGAUGUAGGAAACAUAAUAGUGAGCAAGAGAGGAGAUUAUGAUGCACUUUAUAAAAAAGAUAAGCUCACAAGUCAAUGUAGCAUAAGCAAGGCUGGUAAGAGCCACAGCACAGUCACCAGCAAGAUGCCUCAUGAUGUCAGAGGGGAAAACAUUAUGUCAUAUUGGAUGGAUCAGUGGAAGGAGGUGACACUGGAGAAUGAUGUUAAAGGAGGUGUAGAAUGUCAGCCGACUGGGGUGGGAGUGGGGUGGAGAGGAAGAAGAGAGAGAGAGGACGUACUUAGAGCAGCAGCAGCAUAAGUGAAAACUGAGCGGCAGAAAAUCACCAUAAUAGUCACCCGCAGAGGACUUGUCAGCAAACAGAGUGUGAUUGUCACAGUUUCUUGUGGUGGAAGUAUGUCCGGGGCGGGGGGUGAAACUGUGGCAGUGCCGUGGUAGCUGACUUAGGGGAGCUAAGGUGGAGCUGUGCCUUCAGGGGUUUGGGGGAAGCAAAGCAUCCAGUUUGGCCAGGACCCCACUGCAGGUCUGUGUGAGGACCUGAGGAGGAGGUUGCCGGCAAAGCAGCAUGAAGUGUGGAGCAGGGCUGGGAGGUAAAGGCUCCAGAGGCCGGGGAGGAGGGAGCAACGGAGACUUGUUGGAUCUGCACUUUGGGAAGAAUGCAGCGCUCAAGGCUCACACCCAGCCUCGCUGAGUAACAGCCCCGCCUUAACACCCCUUCCAGGCAGCCCCACCACCGUGCACAUCAGACCCUUCCUGCCCUGGGCCACGGUCCCUCCCUGAGUCAGACCCGCUGCCCCUCUUUCGGGACAGCUUCCUCUGUGGUCCUGAGUCUCUGUGAAGCAGAGGCCGCCGCGGGGAGGGGAUAAGGAAGGAGAAGUGCUUUUUGCCUUCACUUCUUUUUGUCCCAGAUGCUCCCUCUCCUGCCUCUUUGCAUACUUCCCUUGGCUCUGGACUGUUGGCCACUUUACUGCACCGAAAUCACUUAUUCUAAUGACCUCCUAAGUGACGUUCCCACACAUCUCCCCUCCUAGGUGCUUCCCUCCCUCUGUCCCCAGCUCCCUCUCCUUCUCUUCUCUCUUCUUUGCUGAAUCCCUCUCCUUGCUCUUGGGUCCCUGCACCCCCACCCCUCUCCCUAGCAUCACCUCCAUGCGCAGGACUGUCACAUGUGCAUCUCUAGCCAACCUCGUCUCUGGCUCAGUUCUUGACUUUCAAAGUCAAUGCUGUUUUGUGGAACUACCUACCCUGUUAGCCGCUUAGACGGGCUCAAAAUGAUAGCCCUUGUCAUCACCAGUCCUCAAACUGAAAUGUCACACUUGGUUUGUGGGUUAGGGCUUCCCUUCCCACCUGGCUCCACCAGACUAGCCUUCCCAAGACGUAGCCACCGAGUCUUCUUCCUGCCACUUCUCACCCUCAGAGGGCCUUGCAGGGGUCGGGGGCUUGGAGGUGAAGCGACAAAGGGCUGUGCCUACAGGAGCAAGAGAGGGCGUGGUGGGCCAGUUCCAGGGAGGGAAGGGUGAGGGAGGAAGAGGCUGAACAGCUUCUGCUUGUGUUUACAUCUGAGGGCUGAGCCUUCUCCUGGGAUCGGGUGUUCCAGUGAGCCCUGGCGCUAUUGCCUGCAGCCAAGAACUUGCGAAGGGGCCGCGGACAGGACUGCAGGAAACAUCGACCCCCCCUUCCAUUCUUAACAAUUUGAUUGAAGUGCAAUUGGGAUAAAAUUGACUGCAUACAU